AUGUUAUUCAAGAAUCUUUCUCAACUCUCAGCAGUCUCUGGUCAAUCCAUCCAAAAGUCAUCUUACCAAGGAUCAAAUCAUUCAGGUGCGUCAUCUGGUGAAUCAACUAUUGCUCGUAAAGGAUGUUGUGGUGGUCGUCGCGGCCGUGGUAAUAAUAUUGAUAUCGAUAUUGAUAUUGAUAUUAAUAUUGGAGGUGGUCGUGGCAAUGAUUGGUGUUAA